AUGCCGCGAAAAAAGGCUAAGAAAGCUGGAAAGAGACGAAAUCUUCCUAAAGCCGAAAAAUCUGAGAGUGAAAGCCUUGAGCUACUAUUGAGCAAGCUGGUAGUAAUGCGCAACACAGAGGAGGUAGCGACGGCUAAAGAACUGAGCAGUAAUGACGAAGAAAGGGAAACUCGGACAACAGCGGCGAGUAAGGAAGGCUCGGUUAUGGAAAUCGAAAAUGCUCGUACUCCAGUGAAGGCAUAG